AUCACUAACUGUGGUCAUUCCGACAGACACAUCGGAACCCCUCUCCCAGCCAGCGCCUGCACAACCGUGGAGGCUCGGGAAAGAUGUUUUUCGUUACGGGAGCCAAGGCUGGGCCCAGUUCGGGGGGUGACAAGAAGAGCAUCUACCAGAAGUUCCGUGGGUAUGAGCUGCUGGAUAAGAAGCGUACGGAAACAGCCCUGCAGGCGGGAGAGGACAGGGCCAUCAUGCUGGGGCUCAGCAUGAUGCUCUGCUCCAUCAUGAUGUACUUCCUGCUCGGGAUCACUGUGGUGCGCGCUUACGCAGACAGCGUGUGGACGGAUGAGACGCUGUGCACCGUGCUGAACUCCACCGUCACGGCGGACAUCAACUGCUCCUACAGCUGCGGGGCGGAGUGCUGGAGGAGCUCGCGCUUCCCCUGCCUGCAGGUGUACGUCAGCCUCAACGUCUCGGGGCGGGUGGCACUGCUGUCCCACGACGAGGACACGCAGGAGGAAAACGCUGAGUGCUUCUACGUGCCAAAGUGCCAGAGGGACCAGGCGCUGAUGCACGCCCUCAUCCUGGACAUCGGCGAGCGGCUGCGGGUGCAGCAGCAUGUGCCGUGCUUCCACGACCCGUCGGAGAGGCAGGAGGCGGUGCUGCUGAUCCAGCUGUACGGGCGCGGCGCCGUCUUCCAGUCCCUCUUCUGGCCCUCCUUCAUGCUGGUCGGAGGCCUGCUCAUCAUAUUCAUGGUCAAGCUCACGCAGUACCUCUCCAUAAUGUGCGAGCAGAUUGGCAAGAUCAGUAAGUAA